CGGAAUCCGGAAGACUGCCCGACCCAGAGCCAACCCACUCCCGUGUCCUCCGCCUCCGACAUGCCUCCCAGGUUACCGCUCGCCCAGGCGGCGCGAUGCUGCCAGGCCUCCCUCACAGCCCGCCCUUCGGUCCCAGCCUCGUCGCCGACGUCGUCCCUCAUUUCGCUCUUUGCUGCCCUCUCCGUCCAGACCAGGAGCGCAUCCAUCCUCGCCAGCCUGUCCGACAACCGGGGCGCCUACCACAAGCGCAUUCGCAAGGGUCGCGGUCCCUCGUCCGGCUAUGGCAAGACUGCCGGUCGCGGUACCAAGGGUCAGAAGGCCCACGGUCAUGUCAAGCCAUGGUUCCAGGGUGGUCAGACGCCCUUGAUCGUCUCUCACGGCCGCAAGGGUUUUGUCAACCAGUUCGCUGCCGACAUGUCCGAGCUUAACCUCGAAAAGCUUCAGGAAUGGAUCGAAGCCGGCCGUAUCGACCCCACGAAGCCUAUUACCCCCAAGGAGAUCAUCAAGUCCGGCAUCAUUGGCAGCAGCAUCAAGGACGGCAUCAAGCUUCUCGGCCGCGGCAAGGAGAGCUUCAAGAUCCCCGUCACCAUCACCGUGUCGCGCGCGUCCGCCUCUGCCAUCGAGGCCAUCGAGGCUGCCGGCGGCAAGAUCGCCACCCGAUUCUACACCAAGGAAUCGCUCAAGCGUCUGGUAGAGGGCAAGUCUCUUCAUACCGACAAGCCGCUGCCGGUGGGCAAGGAGCACGUGGAGGAGAUCCUGGCGCAGGCGCGAUCGCUCAAGAAGAAGUACUACCGCUUGCCGGACCCGACCAGCCGUUGGGAUAUCGAGUACUACAGAGACCCGGCGCAUAGGGGCUACCUCAGCCACCAGCUUGCGCCUGGCGAGUCGCCCAGUUUGUACUUCAAGGUACCGACGGGCGGCGAGAAGGUCAAGGUGGUCAGGGCCGACAAGGUCAAGGCCAGCAAGACUGGGGAUGUGGCGUCGGAGAAGCUCUUCUAAUGAACACGAACAUUGCCUGGGAUGGCGGUCCUUCCAAAACUCGUUGUUGCGCUCUUCCUCCUUGUUGUAUGAUAGGUACUGGGCCCGUUCAUGGCUCUGUACUUUGUGUUGUAUUAUUAUCAUCCGCGUAUUGUCAGUCCAGCGUCUUGCCCCUCGGAUCAGUUAUAUUUGGGUCCUUGUACAUCAUACAGGUCUCACCUACGGAGUGGAUUCCCACAUGCGG